UAUCAUCUACGCUAGACCUGCAUCGCCGUCUCGCUGACCCGCUUUUACUCUCACACUCAAUCACAAAAGAAACUUCCUCUGUUAAAUGGCAAACACAGAAGAACCAUCUCCUUCGAACCCUAUCGAUGGCGAUGCGGAACACGAAGACGAAGACAUUGACGAAGAAGAAGAAGAAGAAGAAGAAGACGACGACGACGAGGAGUUGCAGGAACCGAAUCGGCGAAUUCCGCAAUCCUCAGAGUUCAAGCUGAGGGAUCAGCGGUUCAAGGUAGAAACCCUGUCGCGGCGGUUGUCGUCGGAGCUAGUCCCUAUCCGAGUCCACGACGUGGUGAUAACUGGCAACACGAAGACGAAAGAUUGGGUGAUUGAGGCGGAGCUCAAAGGGAUCGAGAACGCGUCCUCCAUGCAGGAGCUUAUGCAAGCUUCGCAAAUCGCCAUUGUGAGACUUCAAGGGCUAGAAAUCUUCGAUUCCUGCAAGGUUAGGCUCGAGGCAGGACCCCGAGAGCUGCCAAACACUGCCAAUGUCAUCGUCGACGUUGUAGAGACUGAUAACAGCGUUUCUGGCGAAUGCGGCGUUUAUAUGAAACCUUCGGCUAGUUCUUGGACUGCUGAAGGUACUCUUAAGUAUAAGAACUUGUUGGGUUAUGGUGAUCUAUGGGAUGCUUCUUUGGGCUAUGGUGCCAACCAAGCAACAGAGGUGAGUGUAGGGGUGUAUGCCCCUCGAUUUAAAGGAUUGUUAACUCCUAUUGUGGGACGAAUAUCCAUGCUUUCCCAAGAUUGGCUAGAGUUUUCUUCGUACAAAGAACAGUUGCUGGGCGCGUCUCUUGGCUUGAUCUCCACAAAGCACCAUGACUUAUUAUACACUCUUGGAUGGCGUAUCUUAACAGAUCCAUCACAAAUGUCAUCCAGGUCUAUAAGGAGGCAGCUUGGGCAUGGUUUACUGUCAUCUUUGAAGUACACAUUUAAAAUUGACAGGAGAAAUUCACCUAUUAGGCCGACAAAGGGAUAUGCUUUUCUUUCCACCACUCACUUUGGUGGCCUUACACCAGAUCACCGGAGCUUGCGGUUUCUACGUCAGGAGUUUGAUGCUCGCUUUGCUGUCCCUUUUGGGUUUUAUAAUAUAGCACUGAACCUUGGGAUAUCUGCUGGUGCUGUUUUUCCAUGGGGGAUUGGGUUCAUGACCAAGCCAUCUCCCCUUCCAGAAAGGUUUUAUUUGGGUGGUGAUUUCUCUCCAGUUUGCUCCCUAGGAGGACCAACAACAUUAUGGGGAUUUAAAACUAGGGGAUUAGGUCCUACUGAACCACGGAGACAAAUUAGAAAUGGAUCUAAUGAUGACAAUGGUGACUCCUCUGGAUGGGACUUCAUUGGUGGAGAUCUUGCUGUUACUGCUUUUGCAGACCUCUCUUUUGAUCUUCCAGUUAGGUGGUUGAGAGAACAUGGAAUCCAUGGCCAUGUUUUUGCUGGCUCUGGGAACACUGCUAAGUUAACUCAGAAUGAAUAUAUGCACUUCUCUCCUCGGAAGUUCUUAGAAUCCUUUCGAAUGUCGCUGGGAUGUGGAAUUGUUAUUCCUACUAGACUCUUCCGCCUAGAGGGUAACUACUUCUACGUACUCAGGAAGGAUGAGCAUGAUCGUGGGAAGACUGGAUUUAGGUUCAGCUUCUCAGCUCCUUCGUAGCAGCUGAUAUUCUUUUUCUUUUUAUGUUGUACUUCAAGCAUUAAAUAUUUUUGCUGUCUGUCACUGCAUGGACAGUACUGUAUUUUUAUUUUCUUCCCGUUUUAAAUGCAAGAGAAAAUCCACAGGGGCACUGUUUUAUUACGAUGCAUUGGGUUAAGGGAUCUGGUUUUGGUGGAAAGCAUAAUAUGCCUAUGCUCAUUGCACGGCAAAGGUGUAUGAAAUUCGAAAAUUAUCUACUGAACUGUAGAAGGACGUGAUUGCCACUGAGAAUUCACCAAAAAAAAAAAAAUUCGGCUUAGAUGUGGAGAACUAUCCACUCCCUCUUAAUGUGGGUUAAGAGAUCAUCCUUAUGAUGAAUAUUGCUGCGUAUCGUGUGUUUUUUUAAAUAAAUAUUUUUAGUUCUUUAGAAAAGCCCGUAAUUAGGCCUAAAUAUAUACAGAAAUUA